AUGUCACUGAACUUAAUAUUGGACAUGUCCAGAAUUACCAACAGCACCCAACAGUCUCGCAAUUCCCUCCUGCAGUAUCCUAGAUAUUAUCCACGCACAUCUCUGCAGGGCAUUUUGAAACGUCUCAUGAUCUGGAUUUUCUUUUCAGCGAACCUGACGACUGUGCUGAUUCUAUGCCAAGGGAAGUGCAGCCUUUCCAAAGGAAUCUCUCGCUACAUGAUGGCCAUGGCAAUGGGAGACCUAAUGGUACUUACCUUCAACGUGAUUGUGAGCCAGAUUGUCAGGUAUCAUUUCCCGAGCUCCCUGCUGAGUUACACUCCUGCUUGCCGAUUGAGUGCUUUCCUGCAAGGGCUGAGCCUCCAGCUCUCCAUCUGGUUUACCAUAAUCUUCACCUUUGACCGUUUUGUAGCAAUUUGCUGCCACAGACUAAAGGUGAGGUAUUGUUCUGAAAGAACGGCCAACGUGGUUAUAUCAAUUGUGAGCGCUCUUAGCAUUGCGGUCAACAUUCCCUUGCCUUUUCGCUAUGAGCCUGCUUACAUUCUGAACAAUGUACAGUGGGGCUGCCGUACCAUUACUGGUUACCUGACUUCACCAACCUGGGCAGCUCACCGCUGGCUCACCAAUAUCUCAAACAUGUUUCUUCCUAUUCCCCUGCUGCUACUGUUGAAUUCUCUCACUGCCCGGCACAUCCUGGUGGCCAGCAGGGCCCGCCAGGCUCUGAAAAGCACCAGUAUUGGUGCUGGGAAGAUGGACGGAGACCCCGAGCUGAAGAGCCGGCGAACCUCUAUCAUUCUGCUCUUCUCCAUCUCUGGCUGCUUUGUGUUGCUGGCGACGCCCAUCACUGUGAUCGAUAUCUGUGUCGGUGUCACUCAGACAGUGGCUUUCCAAGGUGCAAGCUCACUCUAUUUGGCAAUCAGGGCGACAUUCCUGCUGAUGUGCACCAGCUCCUGCACAAACACAUGUAUUUACGCAAUGACCCAGAGGAGAUUCAGGGCGGAGAUGAAGAAUGUGCUGAAAUCUUCCUAUUCUCUGCUCUGUCAGCUACACAAAUAG